CUCCCUCUCUGGCUUCCUCCCUCUUUCCACCUCCCUCUCUGGCUUCCUCCCUCUUUCCACCUCCCUCUCUGGCUUCCUCCCUCUUUCCCCCUCCCUCUCUGGCUUCCUCUCUCUUUCCCCCUGACUCUCUGGCUUCCUCCCUCUUUCCCCUUUGACUGUCUUUUAUUCUUCCUGCUGGACACCUUCAUUUUCCGUCCGUCCGUCCGUCCGUCCGUCUGUCUGUCUGUGUCUUUGUCUCCUCUCACCUCCCCUCCCUCCCCCUUCCCUCCUCUCCCCGCUCAGAGUGAUGACAUCACGAACAGCCGGUAUAAAACCGACCAGUAGGAUUGCAGCAUAGCAGUCUCUCUGUCCCUCUCUCUCACUCACUCACUCUCUCAUUCUGUUUCUGCUCUCUCACUCCCUCUCUCAUUCCUCCACACCACUGCUAACAACAUGGCUGAGGCAUUCACAGGCACAUGGAACCUGAAGGACAGCAAGAACUUUGACGAAUACAUGAAGGCUCUGGGUGUGGGCUUUGCAACACGCCAGGUUGGCGGUAUGACCAAGCCCACCACCAUCAUCGAGGUAGCUGGAGACACAGUCACUCUGAAGACACAGAGCACCUUCAAGAACACCGAGAUCUCCUUCAAACUAGGAGCGGAGUUCGACGAGACCACCGCCGACGAUAGGAAAGUCAAGUCCCUAAUAACGAUAGACGGUGGUAAGAUGGUUCACGUGCAGAAGUGGGACGGCAAGGAGACCACUCUGGUCCGUGAAGUCAGCGGCAACGCCCUCGAACUGACUCUGACUCUGGGUGACGUCGUCUCCACACGCUCCUACGUCAAGGCCGAGUGACAACAUUCCCCAAAAAACUGCACUACCCUUUGCCACACCUGCCCCCAAAAACAACCCUACCCGACCCCCACCGCAACGACCUCUAACCCAUCUGACCGAACCCCUGACUCCCCCUGCUGUCCCGUCCUUCUCUUUGUAGUGUUUCUCUUCUGUAUGAAACACUGAAUAAAUUCCACUUAUGUUUUUUUUUCUCUAAAA